UUCUAACGACCCAUCGCCGCACACCAUUGUCCAUCGUUGACGACUAAUGAGAGGCAAACAUCAGAAAGUGGCCAAAGCAGAGACCACUCCGCCGGGUAACCGCUGGAGCAGCUGGUCUGCGAUGCCAUCCAUAUUAGUAAGCAGCCAGCCCGGCGGAGCGACAUGAACAUAACCAGCCUGCUCCACUUUGAGUCGAUGAAGUACAGCGGUGCUCAGACGCAGGCGGCGGCCAUCAAUCAGUUUGUGGCGAGCGCAUUGCGCGUGUUCAUCGAGGACUUUUACCAGCGCCUAGCGCCCGCCUUCAUUGUUAUCCUGUCGUGCCGCCGGCCUAGUCCACUCAAUUUCUAUCGGAACAUCAUGCAGCUGCUGUACGAGAGCGUGGACACAAUGAUCAUCCAGCUGGUGCACCACAAUCACAACCAGAGCCGGCAACGCAUCGAGGGUCCACGUACGCACAAUCUGCUGCUGGUGGACUCGUUGGACGCACUGCUCGACAUUGAGAUCCACACGUACACCGCACAGUCCGAUGCCAGCGAGUAUUAUUUCAUAUUCCUACAACAGCGGGAUGCCCUGAUUCCGCAGGACAUGCUGGGUGUGUUCGCCUACUGCUGGCGCAAUCAGCUCAUCAACUGCAACGUGAUGACCCAAAGCUCUGGCGGGCAGGUAGUCCUGCACACGUACUUUCCCUAUGCGCCCCACCGCCAGUGCGGCGACACAAUGCCAACGAAGAUCAACCAAUUUUCGGAGGGAGAGUGGCAGCAUCGCGACUACUUUCCAUCGAAGCUGCGGAACCUUCAGCAGUGUCCGCUGGUGGUGCUGGCCCGCCGGGUCCAGCCCUUCUUCGAUGUGGACGGACGGCAGCAACUGAGGGGUCUGGAGGGUCGCCUGCUCCUGGAGCUAGCCAAGCGGAUGAACUUCAGCAUACGCUUCAGGGGACUGCAGGAACAGCAGGAGAGUCACACCACCUGGACAGAGCAGCAGCUGUUGGAGCAGUUGAUGCAGGACCGCAUCGCGCAUUUGGCCAUCGGCUAUGUGCGGAAGCGGGUACAAUAUGCCGCCAAUCUGACGGCCGUGUUUCCGCACUACUCCAACAAGCUGGUCAGCUGCCUCCUACUGAAUUCCCACAAUUUGACCAGCUUGGAGAUCUGGUUCUUUCCCUUCCAGACCAUUGCCUGGCUCUUUUUGCUGGGCAGCCUCCUCGGCUUCUUUGGUAUCCUUCUGCUGCUGUGCUGGCGGGCCGGGGAUCGAGUUUCCCUCUUCUUGGCAGUCUACGCUGCUGCCCUGGGCGUGCCUGUGGCCCCGCUGAAGCAAGCCUCGCUGCAGUUGCUCUUCGGCAGCUGGCUGUGUUUCACGCUGAUCGUGCGGGCCAUGUACGCGGCCCUGCUCUUUCUGAUCGUGCGCUACCAUGUGCACCAGACGCUGCCGCGCAGCCUCAUGGAGCUGGUGGAGCGCGGCUAUACGGCUGUGAUGAGUCGCAUCUCAAUGCAGGACCUCCGCGUGGUGUCUAGCCUACAGCAGUUUAUCAGCCAGCGCUCUGUGAUCGUCGCAUCUGAGCUGGACGAUGAGAUACUGCGUCGGCUGGACCAGUGCUCGGAGCAGACUUUGGCGGGCACACAUCCGCAUUUCUUCGGACUCCUGGCGCAGGACGCAUUGCUGCAUCUCACCCAGAGUGGUCACAGGGCGGGAGCCUACUACAUUGUACCGCAGUACGUACUGGAGCAGCAGCUGGCCAUCUAUCUGCCAAAGCACUCGCACCUGGUGGUGCAGUUUGACCACCUGGUCAUGUCCAUUCGCGCCGUCGGCCUCAUGCACUACUGGGCCGGGCAAUUGGCCAGCGAGAAGUACUUUCGCAGCACAUUCUUGUACCGGGAAAGGAGCAUCAGGCAGCCGGAUCUCUGGGGAAUUUACGUAAUUGCCGCGGCACUUUACUUUUGUUCACUGAUCGUGUUCCUUUGGGAGCUCAUAUCGGUCAGAUGGGGUCACACUGCAAGCUGAAAGGGAGGUGCAAAUGUCUUCAAAACAUUGGUUUUUUUUUAGAACGAAAAAGUACAUUAACCUGCAAAUAAAUGUCCGUUAUGCUAUAUAGCGAUGGGAAAAAUUAUUAGAUUGCAUGCUAGAGCUGGUAAUUUUCGUGAAUCGAUAGCUAUGAUUGCAAUCAGUUGGCAGCGCUCCUGAAGACAUGCCAAUCAAAUUUAAAUUACUUUGCUUUUUCAGCAUUAUUUUUUUUUAUUAUAUUUAAAUGAAUUUUCGUAUACCCAAUAAAUAUUGUGAGGGAUAUUUUCAGCUCUUUGGGAUGCCUUAUGUAAUGCCAUAAAGUAAUUUUUUUUUCAUAAUUUUAUUAUGCACAUCACAAAAUUCCAUUUGAUGCUCAAGAA